AUGCCGGACGUACGCUUUACCACACUGCUCCCCCUGCUCACGGCGGUCCUCGGUCUCACCUUCCUGGUUCACGAGACGGCUGCGCAAGGCGACGUCAUCAUUGGCUGUCCGACUUACGGUUGCACGCCUUCGGGAACAUUUUCCUCAGUCCUGGGCAAUUUCCCUCAGGGAAACGUCACGGUGCGGUGGACGUCGCAAGUAUCACAGGCCCCCUUGCCGGGGAGUCCGUUAGGGUGCGUUGGGAACGACGUGAACAUCGUCUGUCCGGCCAUACGGCUUAAGGGAACAGGCUACGUCAGUGUCAACCCAAUCAACGGAAGUAUUCAAUGGACAGACGAGCUCCUCCGUUUCCCGCCACUUCCAAUUAUGAACAUAGGGGGCGACAUCAUCGCCUGUGAUGGCAACAGCCUGGUCUAUUACUUUAACAGCGGGAAAAUGAACGGAAAGGCGAUCACGAUGGAACCAUCUGAGAGGCCAGUUUAUAGUUUGACGAUGGCAAAUAAUAAUUUGUUCUUCAUCAUAUCUCGACAAUCUGGAAGACUGAUCACCUACACCACAGACGGUAUACCAAUGGGAAGCAUUUACAUUAACGACAAGAUCAACAGCCAGACGGGAGCUUUUGUGCCCAUUGCCCAACCAGUCAUUGCCGGACAUCGGGUCUACAUCCUUAUGGAAUUUAAAGUUAACAAUGGAGGCACGCAGCCGUCCGCUCCUAUACUUCGUCUGUACGCGGUUGACUUAAGAGACAUCAUGGUCCAAAUCAUCAAAGUCAUUUGGAUUUAUAAUUUCACCAGCGAGGUGGAGACCCCCAGAUCCUUUCUGGGUGACAUAGGAGGAUACCUACCGAAUGAUGACCCAAGCGGCCCUCGCCUGAUGGUGUAUCGCCAUUACGUCUACUUGGUUAUCCCAGCAGAGACGAACGACGUGGCCUCCAGUGGGACAAACGGCGUAAAGAACCGACUGCUGGUUUUCCAUGAUAACGGAACAAGUGGGACGCUAAAGUACACUCAAGAUCUUGACGUCGUAAGAAUGGCGGCGGAAGAGAGUCUCAACACUGCCGUUCCGAAGCCGCAUCAUCCGCCACAAAACCAAGGGCAACGGAGCCAAAUUAAUAGAGCCUCGGAUAAUUUACGAGCUAUUUUUGGACAGGAAGUUUAUGACAUUCCUGAAAGGUUCAUGGGUUUGGCCAAACCUGUCGCCCGAGGCCCGGUACGUCUACGGCGAGAUUCUACGCUGCGAUUCCACCCUUCUGCUCAUCAACAGCGUAUCAAAGAAUCAAAUCCAGAAGUUCAAGCCAUUUGGCUUGCCACUCGAUCUGGCGGCCUCUACCGCAUGAAGUACGACGACGGUGAUAUACUGACCACUCUCCAGUUGUCAAAGGCAUUAAACGUCUCUUCGUUUAACAUGACGUCAGAACUGAUGAUCAUUUCGUCACAAGAUGGCAAUGCACAGGGUCCAGUACUCGUAUUUGCCGGCAUCGCAGAAACCGCUACGUCAGCAGCAAAGAAUGGUGACGUCCCGUCUAUGUCAAUAUUUUACAACUACAUGUACGUCGUGGAUAUCAAAGGUUCUGUCAAACUGGCUUUGCCUGUACCAAUGAACGGGACGGUCCAGGGGCAAAUUAUGGGCAUACCGACCGACGAUGACCCCUCCCGACAGUCGGAUCUUCUUGUGGCGUAUUCCCGUGUCAGCGAAGGCAAUCAGUUGUUUGCAUAUGGAUAUCACAAAACAAAAUGACGUUUUUUGCAUCUUAAAGGGAUAAUAACUCUUCGUUUCGGCCAAAAAAUGAAUUUUCC